AUGACUUUGGCUAAGAGAGUCCCCAUCUUUCUGCUCAGGCUCCUGGCCUUGGGAGCUUCGGUCACUGCAGCAGUUGUGAUGGUUUCAGCACGUGACUCUGCUCAAGUCUUGAACGUGACCUUUGAAGCAAACUAUACCAAUUCACCAACUUUCAAAUACUUUGUGAUCAUAAAUGCAGUGGCAGGUGGCUAUACCCUCAUAGUACUGUUCUGUCCGUCUAAGGUUUCACUGUUCCGAUUCUUGUUAGUCUCAGAUUUGAUUGUUACGCUGUUGUUGGAUUCAAGCGUUUCAGCUAAUAUAGCCAUCGGUCAAGUGGGAAAGCAUGGGAACUCGCACGCUGGCUGGUUACCUAUCUGUAAUCAAGUUCCAAAGUUUUGUAACCACGUUGCAGGAGCUCUUAUUGCUAACUUUGUGGCUUCUUUAGCGUAUUUAGUUAUUCUUCUUUACUCUCUUCACAUUGUCCUCAAUCUUCCCAAACCUUAA